AUGGGAUUCUUCAGCCGCCGUCGACCUGACGGAGCUAACGCCGGCCCCGUUAAUGGACACCAGAAUGGGCCUGCCUUCGAUACCGUGGCUUAUCCCAUGGCAACUCGCCCAAGUUUCGGACAAUGGCUGAAGGUCACAUGGAUUGAUAUCGUCACGAUGAUCUGCAUGGGCGCCAUAGGACUUGGCGUUUACGAAGCUCAUCCAGCCCCAACCCGAUCUUUCCCAGUAACCUUUUCCGACGGCGAGGUAGUCUAUCCCGAAUUCGCAUACCCUCUCCGGAAGGAAAUCAUCCCCAUCUGGCUCGCCGCCUUCCUCGCAGCAGUAAUCCCCAUCGUAAUCAUCCUCCUCAUGCAAAUCCGCGUGCGCUCCUUCUGGGACGUCAACAACGCCGUCAUCGGACUCCUCUACUCGCUCAUCACGGCCGCCGUCUUCCAAGUGUUCCUGAAAUGGCUAAUCGGCGGGUUACGCCCCCACUUCCUCGACGUAUGCAAGCCGGACAUCUCCCUUGCGAGCAACGCCCCCGGCGUCAAAGGCGUGGGGUACAACGCCGCUGGCUUCAACGGCAUCUACUACACCAAGGAGAUCUGCACGGGCGACUCCAACGAAAUCAACGACUCCCUGGAAUCCUUCCCGUCAGGCCACAGCACCGCCGCCUUCGCCGGGUUCAUCUACCUGUCCAUCUACCUCAACGCCAAGCUCAAGGUCUUCGCGAACUACCACCCCGCAAUGUGGAAGCUAAUCGCCGUGUACGCCCCCGUGCUAGGCGCCACGCUGAUCGCCGGCGCGCUGACAAUCGAUGAGUUCCAUAACUGGUAUGAUGUAGUGGCUGGUGGCAUUAUUGGGUCUGUGAUGGCAUUCUCGGCUUACCGUAUGUGCUAUGCUUCGAUUUGGGACUGGAGAUGGAAUCAUGUCCCGUUGCAUCGUGGGCAGCCUUGUUUAUACACGUAUGAUGGUGUUGAACUCAUGGAUGCUAUGUGGACUCGGAGAGCGGGAUGGGGUGCUGGCGCGGGUGCUGUGAGUGGGUUUGGGGGUACGGGGCGUGCGGCGAACGAACGUGGUGGUGUUGGGACGUUUCCUAGGAAGCCGGUUGGAGGUGGGACGGCGAGGAGGGGAGAUGAUAUGGUUUAA